GGGCCGGCGCUGGCGGGAGGGAAGGCGCCGCCGUGGUUGUUUUCGUGAAUAGGGCGGGCCCGCCCUCUCCGGUGUCGUCGCUAAGGGACUGUCUGUCAACCCCUGACCCCGCGUUCCCGCUGGGGCGCGGAGCUGAGCGGCUGCUGGCACAUGGCGCGCCCCGGCCCGGCGGCCGUGGAGCGGCAGCGGCUGAAGGAGGCGCUGGCCGAGCAGCUCCGGCAGGACCUCGGCAGGCUGCUGGCGGAGGGGACGAGCUCCGACGUGACCAUCCGUGUGGGCGAGGCGGCGCUGCGGGCGCACCGGGCGGUGCUGCUGGCGCGGGCGCCGCGGCUCUUCGCCGGGCUGGGCGGGGGGCGGCCGCCCCGCGGGGUGCUGCGGCUGGACGGCGUGGGGCCCGCGGAGUUCCGGCGCUUCCUGCGGCUUGUAUAUUCGUCUGAUAAAAAUCUUAAAGAAGCUGAGGAGUUGGCUAUGAUGAAAAAAGUGUUGGAACCCAAAGUAUUACAAGAAAAUACUGCUACUCUUCGGAACACUCAGACAAAUGUAAAUUGUCUUGGAGAUGGCAAAAGAGCACCUGUCGGUCAGAAUACUCCAAGUGGAGCUGUGCAGAAAGAAGUUGCUUGCUCAUCUUGUAUUGAAAAGGAAAUGCCAGAAGUAGUCGUUGAUGCAGAAAGCAACAAAGGCACUGCAGGUAUUUCCAAACUAGAAACUGCAUCUGUGUUAGGAGAAGACUUAAUGAUGCUCUACAAAAAGUGCUGUUGUCCAGAUAUUAAUAUUUGCAUAGAAGACAAAAAUUUUCAAGCUCACAGGGCCAUUUUGUGUGCCAGAUCUAGUUACUUUACUGCUAUGCUGAGUGGAAGUUGGGCUGAAAGCUCCCAAGAGCAAAUCACUCUUCAAGGCAUAAGCCAUGUAGAAAUGAGUGUCAUCUUGCAUUUUAUAUAUGGAGGUAUUCUGGACUUCCCAGACAAAGUUGAUGUUGGUCGCAUGUUGGGCAUUGCAGAUAUGUAUGGGCUAGAUGGGCUGAAAGAAGUAGCUAUCUACAUUCUAAAAAGAGAUUACUGCAAUUUUUUCCAAAAGCCUGUUCCUGGAAAACAGCAGCCUGUACUAGAAUGCAUGGCUAUUGCUCAUACACUGGGAGUCGAAAACCUAUAUGCUGCUUGCAUGAAAUGGGUAGGAAAACAUUUUGCAAAAUGUUUGUCAGAGAGAAGUUUUGCCAGUUUACCUACUGAACUUCAGAACAACUGUCUUGUUAUGUUGAUUAACUCUUUGAACCAUAGGAAUGCUGCUUUCCUUUUGAUGGAGAGUGACCGGCUGAUCAAUAGUCUUCCCCAAGUGAAAUGGACAGAGGCAGCUGUGGGCUUGGCAUCUAGGCUGCAAGAAGAAUGCGUAACAUUUAUUGUGGCAAACUUUCUACAUGUAGUGCAAAGUGAAGGCUUCUCUAUGUUGUUGCAGGCACAGGCAAUGAGCAGCAAACCUGACCUUCUAGAACUAAUUUUUAAUGCAGUUGAAAAAAGCAUUAAUAAUGAAAAUAGCUGCUUUCUUCUUGUAGCUGUGGAUACGUUAUUGGACUCCACAAAUGUGAAGGAGAUGGGUUUUACGUGCAAGAUCCAGGCUCUGCGUGAUAAGCUCUGGGUCUUCCUGGUUCAGUCUUUUUAUGCUGUUCGUCACACAGAAAGCUGGAAGCUGAUGAGGCCAGACCAUCAACAUAAAAUACAAGCAGCUGCAUUUGACAAGGGUGAUGACCGAAGACUUGGCAAAAAACCUGUAUUCACUAGUUCUCAGCUAAACAAAUCUAUUCCUGAAUCUGUUGGUAUAAGUAAUACUUCCUGGACAGAACACAGCAAGAAAGACUGCUGGGAAGAUUCUUCCACUAAUCGGGAUAAAAUGAAAUCUGAUGGAUUAGGAGCAUCUGGACAUACAUCCAGCACCAAUCGAAAUGCUGUUAAUAAGGCUUCAAAGCAUGAGGAUGUAAAGGGGAAAGAUGGCAAAAAACUAGUUUCCAAGAUUACUAAGGAUUCAAAACCUGGGGAAAAAGCUGCUUCACCAAAGGCUAGAGCUGUUAUAAAGACAAAAAUAGAAAAUAAUGGAAAUGUGAAGGCUGAAAGCAUGCUUACCAAGCAAGAUACAGAAAAGACAUCAUCUACAAGUGGACAAAAAAAUUCAGGAAGUUGCAAAGGACUAAAGAACCAUGAAGGAAAAAUUGCAGGUGCCAGACCUAAAGUGCUGACAGUAACCUCAAGCAUGCAGAUCAAAACAAAACCUUUGAAAAAAAACGUAGGAAAGGAAUCUCCCUCCUCAGUGAUUGUGGCAGGAACUUCCAGCAAGUCAGCAAACUCAAACAUAGAUAUCCAGACUGCUAGUGAACAGACAGAGGAACCCAAAGAAGAUAAAUUGGUAGAGGAAGGGAAAAAACAGACUGUGAAAACAAAGUCAUCUGUGAAGAUAUCAAACGGAGACCAACAAAAAAAAAAGACUGAGCUUGAGGUUAAUGUCACAACAAGCAGUCUGACAAAAAAAUCAACUGGAAAAGUGUGUAAUGAACAAAAUGUACAAACUGUUCUAAAGAAGAAAGGGAAUAUGAGUAGCAAUUCUGCAACACAGCAAAAGGCUCAAAACACACCUAUCAAUUCUCCCAAGAACCAAGGAGCUCAGGGGGAAUGGCCAAAUUCACUGAAAUCAAGAAUGUCUCCAAAACAUAAUGAAGAAAAAAAUGUGUUACAGCAUCUGGUUCAGACAACACUCCCAGAAAAACAUUCAUCAGCCAAGAAGAAAAGUGUUAAGCAGUUGCAAACACCUGUAGCAAAAGCCACUGCAAAAAUAACAUCUAAAACUCUGGCUCCAUCAAAAAAUGCUGAGAUUAUGAGUAAUAAAGACCACAAGGUGAAAACAGCUGGGCAAUCUGUAUUAAAAUCUCAGUCCUCUGCCCAAAAACAUCCAAGGAGUGAAUCUCCUGUUAUCCAGAAGAACGCGCACACCUCUGAGCACAGAAGUUCAGGACACAAACUUGAAAAAAACAUGACUGAUGCUGUGGCAGGUCAACUUCAUGAUAAUAAUGAAUGCUAUUCUGCAAAACAAAGUGAAUCUUUGAAAUCUGUGAUAGAAGGUAGCAGCGAAGAUAAACUGCUAGCAUCCUGUCAACCAAAUAAACAAAUAUUAUCAGAUCCUUCUGAAAAUGUGGAAAACAAAAUACAAUCUGAAUCUUCCUCUCCUCUAAUUACAGAAGAAACUAUUUCUAAACUCCAUGUUUCACUGGAAAAUGAAAUAGAAGCAAGACAAGUCUGUGGAGAUCGGACUGGAAUUAAACAGAUUGAAGAUACAGAGAAAGAUGAUGAUACAGCUGAAUUUCACUGUUAUGCACAGUCUUGCAGGGAUGGAUACUCAGACUUUCCCAAGGAAACCAGUCAAAAGGCUGCUGCUUCAGGAGACCUGGUGAAACAUUUAAAAGCAACAAAAGUUUGUACUGAACAAAGUGAUAUAUUAAACUCUGAAACAGGUCUUAACUAUGGUGAAAAUGAUUUACCAAGCUUUUCCAGAAUGAUUACCAAUAAAGAAGAUGAGACAUCAUCUCCUCAGGUUCAUAUGGAGGGAUUUCUUACAGCUGAUGAGCUGUGUGAUACAUCAGUCUUGACUGAAUACAAAUCAGUUACAGCAGAUUUAGAUGAUGUUUCAGAAUGUUCCACAGAACAAAUAACAGAAAAAUGUUCACCCAGUUACACAGAGCCUAUAGAUCCUACAGAAAUGCCAGAAAACCAUGAAAAUGCAGAAAUUCCCUUUGUGGACCACUGGAGCACUGGUGCACUAGAUCCAAAAGAGAGUCCCGAAUCAGAUACUGGCAGUGCAACCACAUCCUCUGAUGAUAUAAAACCAAGAUCAGAAGAUUAUGAUGCAGGAGGCUCUCAGGAUGAUGAAGGAUCCAAUGAAAGAGGGAUUUCUAAAUGCAGCACUAUGUUAUGCCAUGAUUUUCUUGGAAGAAGCAGCAGUGACACAAGUACACCUGAGGAAUUAAAAAUUUAUGACAGCAGCCUAAGAAUAGAAGUGAAAAUGAAAAAAGAGGGUUCUGAUCUCUUCCGUGUUAACUCAACGAGUGAUGAUGAAAUACCAAGAAAAAGACCUGAAAUCUGGUCCCAUCAAGAAAGUGCGAGGACCAAUAGUAGAGAUGGCAAAAGUUCUACUUUUGGUAAUGCACAGUUUACUCAGGAAGCAGACCAAGUUUCUUCUUCUGCUGAUGAAACAGAAGAUGACAGAUCUGAAGCAGAGAAUGCUGCAGAAAACUUUCCUCCAUCAAAUGUUCCUGCGCAGCAGUUCCAAGGAAUUGAUAACUUAGCUUUUGAAGAUGCAACUGAAAAUGAUACUGCAAGUCAAGAGUUUUCUAAAACUAAAAGUUUCAAACGAUCUGUUUUACUUUCAGUAGAUGAAUGUGAAGAAUUGGGAUCUGAUGAUAGAGUGGAAACUCAUACUUCACGUCAGCAUUCAAUAGAUUCUCUUACUCCUUCAGAAGUAUUUGACAGUGUUUCUCAAGAGCACCAUGGAAAGACUUUCUAUUCAGGAUACUCACUGGAAAUUGAAGAUGGAUUCCUGGAUUGCAAAAAGCAUAAGGAUAGAGACAGUAGAUCGGAUAAAAGCGAAAGUUCUCUCCUACAUCUUCAUGGCACUGAAAUCCCAGGGAAGGAGAGUCAAGGUGCUUCAAUGACUGAACAAAAUUGCCCAGAGAAAUAUUCAGCAGCUAGUCCAUGUCCAGGAGAAAACCAAGAAGUAAAUAUGAAGAAUGAGGGGGCUAGUGAAAUUCACCAGUGCAAUAAAUACUUAGACAAUGAUGCAAAAUCUCAAGGAAGACCAUGUCAUUUGGAUCUUCAUCAGAGAGAAACGAAUUCUGAUGCGCAAAAGAGCAGCUCUGCAAAACCUAUAGAAGCCAGUAAGAAUCAGAUACUGACUCAGGAAGGUCAAGUGAGAGACAGUCAACCAGCAACUACUGAAUGCGCUAAUACUGAUUUACUUACAGGAGACAUAGAUGAUUAUGACACAAUGGCACAAACCUGCAUGUAUGAGCAUCGACCUUCAAAAACCCUUUCUCCAAUAUAUGAGAUGGAUGUUGGAGAAGCAAUUGAGCAGAGGAUGGAUUCAGAAACAGCAGUUCUAGAUGUGGAUUUUGAAGAUCAGCAGUUUGCAGAACAGGACUGGACUCUUCUCAGGCAAUUGUUAUCUGAGCAGGACUCAAAUAUAGGUUUCAAAAACUCUGUUCCUGAAGACCUUAACUUAGCACAAUGUCUUAUCAAUCAGACACUGUUUCUGGCACGAGAUGGUUCAAAUCCUCAGGGUACAUCACAAGUUGACACAUUCAGUAGGUGGACUGAACUAAUGUCUCCACUUGAUGAUUCCUCAGCAAGCAUUACAGUGGCAAGCUUUUCAUCUGAAGACUGUUCAUCCCCUCAAGGGGAAUGGACAAUUCUUGAACUGGAAACCCAUCAUUAAGGUGAUCAACUGUUUGCAACUGAACUCCAACCCAUUACCCAAAUCUAUUUUUGAUGAGUUGUUUCCAUACAAUAAUGAAAUACUGCAUCAGUCAAGAACGAGCAAUUCUUGAUACUGAGGCAAUCUUUCUGAUAUAAUGAGGUAAAUAUGUUAAUUUAUAAUCUAGAUUUAAUCACAAUUACAAUAAUUUUUCAAGACUUAAAUGUAUGUGUUUUCUAAAAAUGAACUUUGAGCAUGUAUUUUCUAGAACUGUUAGAAAAAUUAGAUGACAUAAAAGAAAAAUCUUGGUUUCCACCCUCCCUUUUAUCUUCCUUUCUGACAUUUAAUAUUCUCAUUGAACAAGAAUUUAAAGGUGACUGCACAAUUAGUAGAGCUAUUCCCCUCCUUUUUUUUCCCCACUCUAUAUGGUGACUUCAUUUUACAACAAUAAAGAUUCAGACUGGCUGUGUCGAAAGGUGAUGUGUGCCAAUGCUGCUUUAAACAAUGGAAACAUAUACUUAUGUUCAAAGGAAACGUUUCAACAUGAAUUUGCCUUGGGCCUUAUUAAUAUGAGCAGCUUGUUUCAUCUAGAUUUGAUUUCUGUAUUUUUAGUUUGCUUCGUUAGAAGUUUCCAAUAAAUUUUUUAAAUUGUCUUUCCUUUAAAUAUAAGACUUCAGAGGGUCUGUGCUAUAGGAAGAGCACUGUGUCUUUCUUGGGAAUGCACAUACUUAAGUAAAUAUUUUUAAUGGCAUAGUGCAUGAAUUCAGAAGAGUUGGAAGAAUGCUGCUCCUGUUCUAAAAAACAGUGUGUCUUAUAUCUCCAAAGGUAUCUCUCAGUCUGAAGCCAUGGAAUUACCGUCAGGUUUCAGUUCCUUACAUUUGCACCCUUCUGAGGCAUAGCAACAGUCUCAGGAAUUUGGUUUUGUUUGUUAUCAGAGAUGCUACAUUUUUGGAGGGGUAACAGGAUUCUUGCAUCUUCAUUAAUGCCUCUAGUGAAGCUCUUUUAUUGAGACUAAAUGUCAACAUAACCAUUCUUCUGAUUGAGUGAAGUGAAACAGGAUAUACUUCUCAGUACUGCUCAUCCUGCUGCUUUUGGCUAUUAAUUGGGGUGUGGACAGGACUGUUCAUUGUCUUUUCUGAUUCGAUGGGGAAGGAGUGAGAAACUAUAUGUAAUUCUUACCAAGUGAGAACUCCUUCUGAAACAUACAGGGAUUUUUUCCCUGCAAAGGUUAGGCCCUCUAAGAUAUUUGCAUUAUGGAAGUUGUAGGGCUUGUCUUUCACACAGCUUAAAAUCUAAACAGGAAGUAUUCUACCUCCUCUUAGUUAUUAACAAAAGUGCCUUCAGAAGUGGGUGCCAUAUGGCAGUAAAAGGCUACUAACAUUUUUUUGUUGUUGUUAAAACAAAUUAUUUAAGUGCACGAUUGAAGCUGAGUGUAAUCACUGAUAAUAUGGUCAGUUUUGCAAGCCUUUGCACAAUUCCAACAGUGCACCUUCAUUUUCUUUAGAAACCCACUUUCUUUUUGUUUGUAGUCAGAAACUCUCAGUUCUGUGGAAAUAUGAAGUUGCCCCAGCAUAUGACUAAAGAAGUUAUGACUUAUCUCUGGAUUUGACAUAAUAUAAAGAUCUCUGAGGCAAAAUACUAGAAAGCCACUUCGAACUCCUGAUACAGAAUUAAAAUUGAUGUUUUAUUUUCCCUAAAAUAAAUGGAGGAAGAGUUUUAUUCUUUAAUACUAAGGCAGGAAAAAAAAGGAAAGCCUUCCUUUCUCUUUUUGUCAGUGAAGAAGUAUGACUCUAAACUCAGGGAAGAUGUUCAGUCUCAUAAUAAAAAUCUUUCUCCUACUCUUACCUUUUAGCAGCAUAAAUAGUCUGAGAUACUAUAAUUGAAAAUAUUUUGAAUGUGAUAUGCUGAAUUCACCACAGUCAUCAUAUUGAGGGAGUGAGAACAUUCAGGAGUGCAAAUCAUCAAGACAACCUAUUUUUCGCCUUCAAGUUUACAAGGUAUAUUAAUAGUAUUUGGAUCUUUUGGAUAAAUGAAAGAACUAUAGUAUUAGCCAUAGUAAAAAAUUAAACUCUAGAGAAGCUCUUACAGAAAGCUGAGGAAUGCUGUUUUCUCAACUUCUAUGUAUAAGACUAAAGUAAAAGUUGUUUACAAUAAAGUUUAAUCAACUUCAAAAUCCUGAUGAUAUUCUGGUAGUGGGCAUUCACACUUUAAAUGAAAUGAUGGAAAGGAGAAGAUAAAGGAUUAGGAAAAGUGACAGAAAGGGAAAAAAGGGUUCAUUUUGUCUGUUUGUUGCUUUACCCAUAUUUUUAACUUCUUGCUGAACUGAAAAAGUGACGCUGGAAAGUGGCACACAAAGUUCCAUGUUUGUCAUAUGAAAUACAGUCAUGUAUAGGGGGUUUUUAUUGUUUGUUGGGUUUUGUUUUGUUUUUUUUUUUAAUUUGCAUUUACUUUUCCAGUUGUAUGAAAAUUAAAUUAGCUUCUCUCUCCAAGUCCCCAGUUAUGUUGUUGCAAUUCCUUUAGUAGUUUUGCAGUAGACCAGUGCGUUUGGUGUAUUGUUCAGUUGGUACAUAUGCAGCUGUAGAGUUUAGCUUCCCACAGGCAAAUUGUCUCUGUAGAAGUAGCAGGAAUAAAAAGCAGUAUUGUUUUUAAUUCGCAUUACCAGAGUGCCUGUGAGGCUUAAUCAGACCAGCAUCCCACUGGCUAGACAUUGUACAAACACAGAACAAAAACAAAGACUUCCCACAGAGUGGUUAUAAUCCAAGUUAAGACAAAAGACAAAAAAAAACCCCAUAGAUGGAAAAGUAAAAUUAGAGUGUCUGUAUUUGUCUAGCUGAUUAGCAACAGUUUCAGCAUACCAUCAGUUUAAAUACUGUCAAUUUUUUCUUCUGUAUGUGUUAUGAGAAGGGGAAAUCGACGGGUGAGAUUUGGAGGCUGGAUAAUGAAUGAGCUGUUAAGAAUCUAUAUUCCAGAUCAACCAUCUCUUCCUGUUUGACCUUGCUUAGUAGUCCCUCCUCGUUCAGGAGGAUGUUCAAGCUUUAAGCAGGUGUAGGUGGCUACCUGUUUAACAGUAUCUGUCACUUGAGUUCUCUGGAGUCCUGCUCAUGCCUCCUGACAGUGAUUUUGUCACUGUAUUGGCCUGUUAUCCAAAACGUGAGAGUGGAUAAAGGUUUGUUUGAAUACUUCAUAUAGAAACAAUCAAAGCUAGUGUCAUGGGCUCCAAGUAAACAGUGAUUAAGAGGUCCUGAAUGACCUCUAAAGACAAGGUACGUACAUCUGAUGAAACAGUGAAAGGGCAUCAAUGAAGAAACUAAAGAAAGAGAUGGCAUAGUCAAAAUAAUGUUUAAGAAUUUACCUUUGCAGUAGUAUUUUGAAUGAGUAAAAGCAAUUAAAUUGCUUUGUCAAAGCCUGAGAGGACAAUGUUGCAGUGAACAAGUGAUACUGAAAGCUUACCUGAGAUUGUUAUGUGAAUGGGUAAAGAUGUUUCUAUCCUACAGGUGGUAACAAGAAAUUUAGUGAAGUAUCAGUGAAAUUUAUAGGAGAGGACUUGGAAAUCAGAAUUAAAGAUAACGACCCUGGCUUUGUCCACCCUGAAUGACAGGUUAUGAAAGUGAAAAAUAAGGAAGGAUGUUUUACAUGUAUGGAUGUAUUAAAAUUAAAAUAGGCUAGACCUCCAAAAGGUUAGGUCAAUAGGCAUAAUUACUUUUUUUGCUUGGAAAAUUAGAGUCUAGUCUGGACUGUAGAAGCAGCUUUGCAGGUUUUUCACAUGUAGAUGCUAGCUGAAAUAGUAUUUGUGGAAUAAAUCAGUCAGACAUAUUGAGGAGCAAAAAGAGAAGGAAAUAGAGGCCCAAACACUUGAAACCCUACAGGAAACUGAGGAAAGUGGAGGGCCUUCCAGAUGAUCUGCUCAAAAAAGCAAUUGGGGAAGCAAAGGAAAUAAAGAUAGCGACAGGAGCCAAAUGAAGAUGACAGGAUAUAAGGAAAAGUGCACUGUUGCCUUCAUUGAAGAUGGCUCACAAGCCACAUGAAUAUAAAAUAGCAGUUUUGAGGGUGGUUAAGAACACGUUCUUAGGGACUGUGAUCAAAUGAGAUGUUUGCUUCCUCAGAAUGAAACACAGGCAGAUGCCAGUUUGGUGGAGUAUAACAACUUUAGGAAGGAAACUGAGCUUAACCAUUAAAAGAGGCAACAAUUAGAAAAGCACAUCAAUUAAUAAUGUAUUUUGGUUUGGUUUUUAAAGGCAUGAGAUUAUACCAUAUUUAUAUAGUGUAGCAAAAGAAGUGAGGAGAUGAGACCUAAU